CUCUCUCUCUCUCUCUCUGUGUGAGAAUCCAAAAUAACGGAGCGACACUGUCUGAGAACUCAGAGAAACGAGAAGGAGAGGGGUUUUCCAUGGACGACGAAUACGAGGUGCUCUCAGCUUCUGAUGCAAGCGAUUCCAGUGAUGAAUACACCGCCGACCGCGAAGAAGAAGAAGAAGAGCUCGAAGACUCCAACAACGAAGAUGAACCGUCUCUGGGCCAUUCUGCUCCGUCUGAUGAAGAUCGGAAAUCUAAGAACGUCGACGCUCUCGUGAGGGGCAACCUCGUUGUGAAAAGACAGUCACUCCUUCCACGUGUUCUUUCGGUGACAGAGGCAGCAGCAACUUGUAGAAAACCCUUUAAACCUCCAUGCUCUAAUGGCUAUGACAACAGGAAUGAACAGCUUGCUCGUCGUCUCUGUGCCCGCAAACGGUUUGUCCCUUGGGGCUCUUCAAGGCCAGCAUGGGUUGCAAUGACCAAUAUACUGAAUAUACCAAGUACUGCUGAGAAGGAUAUAAUCGAAGAGAAUGUGACUCUGCCACCUGGAAUUGAGCCUUUGGUAUUGUGGCAAGCUGAAGAAUCUGAGGAUGGGGCUGCUAAUUUGGUGUCAAUAGAAGUUGACCCAUUGCUUGUUCGUUUCCUUCGACCCCAUCAAAGAGAAGGGGUUCGGUUUAUGUUUGAAUGCGUUUCGGGGUUAUGUAGUGCAGCGAAUAUAUUUGGAUGCAUUCUGGCUGAUGAUAUGGGUUUGGGAAAGACAUUGCAGUCAAUCACCUUACUGUAUACACUUCUUCGUCAAGGGUUUGAUGGGAAGCCGAUGGUUAAAAAGGCCAUCAUCGUCACUCCUACCAGUCUAGUAAGCAAUUGGGAGGCUGAAAUCAAGAAGUGGGUUGGAGAGAGAGUUCUACUUGUUUCUCUCUGUGAAAGCACCAGAGAUGAUGUUGUCUCUGGAAUUGACAGAUUCACAAGUCCCUGCAGUCCCUUACAGGUGCUGAUUGUUUCAUACGAGACAUUCCGGUUGCAUUCAUCAAAAUUUAGUCAUAGUGAAUCUUGUGACCUUCUCAUAUGUGAUGAGGCUCAUAGGCUGAAAAAUGAUCAGACGUUAACAAAUCGGGCACUGGCUUCUCUUUCAUGCAAGCGCCGUAUAUUGUUGUCAGGAACACCAAUGCAGAAUGACCUGGAAGAGUUCUUUGCAAUGGUUAACUUUACUAAUCCUGGAAUACUGGGUGAUGUUGCAUAUUUUCGCCGUUAUUAUGAGGCGCCUAUUAUUUGUGGAAGAGAACCUACUGCCAGUGAAGAAGACAAGAAGCUAGGUACUGAGCGAGCUGCAGAACUAAGUGCGGUAGUUAAUCAGUGUAUAUUGCGGAGGACUAAUGCACUAUUAUCAAAUCACUUGCCACCAAAGAUGGUUGAAGUUGUCUGUUGCAAGUUGACUCCUCUCCAAUCAGACUUAUACAACCAUUUUAUACAUUCCAAAAAUGUUAAGCGGGCAAUUACUGAAGAGGUGAAGCAAUCAAAGAUUUUAGCUUAUAUAACAGCUCUUAAGAAGUUGUGCAAUCAUCCAAAGCUUAUCUAUGAUACUAUAAAAAGUGGGAGCCCAGGAACUUCAGGUUUUGAGGAAUGUAUUCGCUUUUUCCCACCAGAGAUGUUCUCCGGGAGAUCUGGAUCAUGGACUGGCGGUGAUGGGGCUUGGGUGGAGUUGUCUGGGAAAAUGCAUGUCUUAGCCCGGUUACUGGGUCAUCUACGUCAGAGGACCGAUGAUCGUAUUGUCCUUGUGUCAAACUAUACUCAGACACUGGACCUCUUUGCUCAGUUGUGUCGUGAAAGGAGAUACCCAUAUUUGAGGCUUGAUGGAACAACAUCGAUCAGUAAAAGACAGAAGUUAGUCAAUCGCUUCAAUGACCCUUCAAAGGAUGAGUUUGUGUUUCUCUUAAGCAGCAAGGCUGGUGGUUGCGGCCUCAAUUUGAUAGGUGGAAAUCGACUAGUCUUGUUUGAUCCUGACUGGAAUCCUGCGAAUGAUAAACAAGCUGCGGCAAGAGUCUGGAGGGAUGGACAAAAGAAGAGAGUAUACAUCUACAGAUUUUUGAGUACAGGAACAAUUGAAGAAAAGGUCUACCAGCGUCAGAUGUCAAAAGAAGGGCUUCAAAAAGUGAUCCAGCAGGAGCAAACGGAUACCCUUACAACCCAGGCGAACUUUCUUUCGAUGGAAGAUCUACGUGAUCUUUUUACAUUUCGUGAGAAUGUUAGGUCUGAAAUUCAUGAACAGAUGAACUGCAUCCGUUGCCAAAACUACAAUGAUAUGCCUGAGAGCAUAGAAGAAGAAGAUGGAAACCAAUCAACAAAUAUUAGUUCUCAAUCUGCUCAAGAAACCUCUGAUAUAGGUGGAUUUGCAGAAAUUUCUGGAUGCUUACAUAAGUUAAAGAGCUCAGAGAAACAGGCAGGGACUCCUCUAGAAGAAGAUUUAGGUAGUUGGGGGCAUCAUUUUCUCUCAACUUCGGUACCAGAUGCUAUUUUCCGAGCUUCAGCUGGUGAUCAGGUGACAUUUGUCUUCACAAAUCAAGUGGAUGGGAAGCUUGUACCUAUUGAGUCAAUAAGCCCAAAGAUGCGAGGAGCAGAAGAAAAAGAGAACGAAUUCAAAUCAAAGGAAAGCCUGACCAAAAAAUCCAUGCCAUUUUCUCAGCAAUAUAGAAAACCGCUACAAUCAGUUUUGUCCGAUGGGAAUUCAUUUCCUCAGCCUUUGCCAAGGGCGACUAUGAAAUCAGUGAGAACUACUUUAAAAGGUUCAACGGAUGUAUUGAAGACUAAAAUCUCUCCGGGAAAUCAAUUACCUCAGAAAAGAUUAUCUGCUGAUACUGUAGAACAUGAUGAUGAUUUUCAGUAAAGAUUUUCAGCUCAUA